AUGAAUACUAAAAAAGAAAUUAAAAGAAGAAAAACUAUAAGUUCCUAACAGUAUGGAGCUCAAUAUGAUGAAUGGAAGAAAAAAAUUACUAGAGAUUUUGAUAAAAAACUUGAGAAUAUUAAUACGGAAAAAAAUAUGGUAGAAAAAAGAAGAUAUUGUAGAGAAUUCAAUGAUAACGUAGAUGAUACAAAAGAAAAAUUUAUGGGAGAAAAAGAGAUAACAUUAAACAUUGAGAGAGAUCCUUAUGAAGCAUGGAAAGAAAUUGAACAACAUAUAAAUACAAAAAUAGGUCAAUGCCACCAUCUUUGAUGUAUAAGAAUUUCUAGUAAUUAUCCAAAAGAAAGAGAUAAAAAAAAGUCGAUAAUAAAUUUCUGUGAAAAAAAAAACAUAUGUUUUCAUUCCCUAAAAAUGAGCUAGAAAAAGGAUGAUUGUUUAAGUUAUAAUCGAUAGAUAAAUGAAGAAAAUAAUACAUGGAGUAUAAGUGAUAACAAUGGAAAUAAUCAAGAUUUAAAAACUUCUCACAAUUGUACAUUGAUCAAUAUGAGUACAUUUUCAAAUGAGAGUUGUGAUAAAUAUAAUUGGAAACAAAAGCAAACGAAAAUUAAUUCAUCAAAUAAACAAAGUUCAAAUUCAGGUUACAUACAAAAAU